ACAACCUCACGCACGAUGUUUUAUGGGUCCUCCUCCACCAUGGCUCCACCAUCCAAGAACCGGCUGAAGCGCCAGAGCCGGAUUUUCUCCCAAGUCUUGUACCGGACGCUGAGCUACAAGGACCGGAGCUCAGCCUCUGCUUCCCCGGCAGCCGGUGAGGAUGACCCAGCCGAGCUGUCUACCCAGCUCUCAGCCCCCGGCGUCCUGAAGAUCUUCGGGGGCAACAUCUGCGCGGGCACCAACUACAAGAGCGUGCUGGCGACGGGCAGCUCGGGCGCGCGGGAGCUGGUGAAGGAAGCCCUGGAGCGCUACGGGCUGAGCCAGCUCAGCGCCGGGCAGUACGCCCUGUGCGAUGUCAUCGGGAGGUUUGAGGGCCCCGAGAAACGGUGGCAGAUGGAGGGGCUGAGGGUCCUGGCUGACCACGAGAAGCCGCUGCUCAUCCAGGACCUCUGGAAGCCCAGGGAGGGCUUCUCGCGGCGGCUGGAGCUGCGCAAGAGAGCGGAGGUGGAGGAGCUGGCGGCCAGGGACGUGGACACCACCACCGCAGGCAUCAACGCCCAAGCGCGGAAGCUGCAGCGGCACCGGGCGCGGGGGGCCCGGCGGCCACCGGCGGGGGCUGAGCGGCGCGGCCCCCCCCCGGCCCUGCGGCGCAGCCUCAGCGAGACCAGCCUGGGCAACCCGGCUCGGCGGGCCGGGGCCGGGGCCGGGGCCGGGGCCGGGGCCGGGGCCGGGGAGCGGCUCCAGCGGCACUGCUCCACCCUGCCCGGGAGCCCGGCGGCGGCGCGGAGCGGCGGCAGCAUGCGGUACUCCCUCUACCAGUCCCCGCACCUCCUGCUCCUGCAGGGCUACAGCCAGCAGCAUGACAGCUUGGUUUACCUGCUGAACCGCGAGCAGCACACGGUGGGCCAGAGGACGCAGGCAAGCAAGCCCAGCAUCAGCCUGUCAGCCCCCGACAUCUUGCCCCUGCACUGCACCAUCAGGAAGCUCCAACCUUCCCAGAAUCACUGGGAGGAGAAGCUGGUGCUGGAGCCCAUCGCCGGUGCCAGCACCUCCGUCAACUUUGCCGAGGUGGCCCGGACGGUCGUGCUGCGGCACGGCGACCUCCUCUCCCUCGGUCUCUACUACCUGCUCCUCUACAAGGACCCCAUGAAGGCACAGCCACUGCCGGCGCAGACCCUGCUGAGGCUGCGAGCCCUGCACCCUGCUGUCCCCGAGGGUCCCCCCAUCUGCGGGACGUGCGGCAGCCUGCUGAAGGAGAGGGACCCUGCCACCAAAAAGCGAGGCCCAUCACCCGUCGGUGGCCCCAGGACACCCCGCAGAAAGCUGUUGCUGGAGUUCGAGCCGGCGGCUGAGGACGUGCUCCUGAGGCGCAUCAUGACCCUGAUUGAGCCGGGGGGGGACGACCACAAGUUGACACCCGCCUUCCUGCUCUGCCUCUGCAUCCAGCACUCGGCCACCAGCUUCGAGCCGGGCGACUUCGGGCAGCUGCUGCUCAAAGCAGCCAGAAUGAUCCAGAGGACGGUGUGGGAGCGGACGCGGGAGCUGGCUGAGAAGCAGUCCCAGCACCAGGACCCUGCCGCCCUGUCCCGCUUCACCAUCACGGACCUUCUCCCGGACCUGCAGCACAUCCUCUUCUGGAUGGCCAACGCCAUCGAGGUCCUCUACUUCGUCCAGCAGAAAUCGCCCACCUACAUCCAGAGCAUGGAGGAGGAGCUGGAUGUCAGAGGCUCCAAGGAGUCUCUGUUCUCCUCAACCAUCACAGCCAGCGAGGAGGCGAUGACGGUGCUGGAGGAGGUGAUCAUGUACACCUUCCAGCAGUGCGUCUACUACAUCUCCAAGUGUCUGUACGUGUCGCUCCCUGCCCUGCUGGAGUGCAACCCCUUCCAGAACGAGUGCCGGGAGAGCUGGCGGGCGUCCCCAUCGCUGCCCGAGGAGCUCCGCAGGGUCGUGCUCAUCUACCAGGCAGCGCUGGACCUGCUCCGCCAGUACGAAGUGCAUCCGGAGAUCACCUCCCAGAUGUUCGCCUACCUCUUCUUCUUCUCCAACACCCUGCUCUUCAACCAGCUCCUGGAUAAGGGCUCCUCUCUCGGCUGCUUCCACUGGUCGCAGGGGGUGAAGCUGCGGGCCAGCGUACGGCUGCUCCUGGAGUGGCUGCACGGCGCCGGCUUCGAGCAGCUCGCCCAGCAGUUCUUUGCCAAACUCACCAGCGUGGCCAACCUGCUGGCCAUGCCCGGCUCCCAGCUGGUCCAGAUGACCUGGCCGUCCCUGCGAGCCGAGUUCCCGGCGCUGAGCCCCGCACAGCUCCACCGGGUGCUGAGCCAGUGCCAGGCGGUGAUGGACGUGGGCUGCAUCGCAGCGUGGCAGCCCAGUGAGGAGGAGAGCCCGGCCACCUUCCAGCCCGAUGAGAUGCUGGAGUCCUUCGACAACCACCCACCCAUCAUCCUGCCCAGUGGGGGCUUCAAAGUGGACCUGGAGGUGGAGACGUUGGAUGACAACAUCUACCGGCACCUCCUUUACAUCCGCCACUUCCUCUGGAGCCUGAAGAGCAAGAGCCCCCACACCAGCGAGGGGCCAGGCUCAGCACCCCCAAAGAAAGAGGCACGUGCGACGCCAGAUAUCCUGGAGGUGAGCGAGAGCCCAGCCACUGCACUGGGGAGCACCGUCACCCAGGAGGACUACUGCUCCCUGGGGGGCUGUGCCGAGCCGGAGGGGAGCCCCCCCCUCUGCCUGGCCACCAACGGCUGCCCCUGCGAGCACCCCGCCGGCGAGCCGCAGCUCCAGGAGAAGCUCAAGCAGCUGCAGCUGGGCAGGGGUCCGGCCCCCAAGGCCGGGACGGCGCCCACAGACCCCUCUUGCCUGCUGACGCCACCCACCACCCCCCUGAACUUCGACUCCGGGAGCCCAGAGUCCCCGCAGGGCACCGGCAAGGGGCUGCAGGACCCCCGGAGGAACGGGGCGAACAGCACCAAAGGCAGCACCCCUGAAGGAUGCUCACCGACCCCCUAUGACUACCCCACGCCAGAGUCUUCCAGCCGCAGCUCUGCCACCGAUGACUUCUGCUACGUCUUCGUGGUGGAGUUGGAGAGAGGACCCAUCGGGCUGGGGAUGGGGCUGAUCGAUGGCUUGCACACUCCUCUUUGCUCCCCGGGGAUCUACAUCCGCACCCUGAUCGAGGACAGCCCCGCAGCCGCCGAUGGCAGGCUCUCCAUCGGGGACCGCAUCCUCGCUGUCAAUGGCACCAGUCUCAUCGGGGCAGACUACCAAAGUGCGGUGGACCUCAUCCGCUCCGGAGGGAAGAAGCUGCGGUUUCUGGUUGCCAAGUCGGACAUGGAAAUAGCCAAAAAAAUCAGUUCCAGCUCCUCUUCCUCCUAGUCCUUGUGGUACGAGGGUCCUUCUGCAGCAGCUUGCGGGUGCAGCUCUGGUUAAGGCUGCCCUUGGGAAGCCUGGAGUGCAAGAGGGAGGAUCAAGCCUCCACAACUGCCCUCGA